AUUGUGACUUUCAAGGGUUUGUUGACCAUGGUUGAUGGCAAAGUUUUGAAUGAACUUACAUCAAAUCCUGCAUCUUCUAAUUGCCCCAUCUGCCAUGCCAAACCAAAGGAGAUGAAUAAUCCCAAGGGUGUCUUUACACCUAAACCUGGCACAUUGAAUUUUGGCCUAAGCAUCUUGCACUUUGGCUUGCGGAGUUUUGAUACAAUUUGCAACAUUGGAUAUCGCCAAGAUGUCAAAAAGUUCCAUCUUCAUAUGAGCCCUGAUGAAAAAAGACUGGUUGCAAAUCGGGAGACACGAGUCAAGCAAGAAUUUCGGGAGCAGCUGGGUCUAAUUGUUGACCAGAGGCGGGAUGGAGGUGCUGGCACUACAACAACAGGAAAUGUUGCUCGCAAAGCUUUUCAAAACCCAGAAAUUGUUGCAAGAAUCUGUGAUGUCCCUGUCAAACUGGUUAAAAAUCUUGGAACACUCUGGUCUGCCCUUGCAUCUGGAUAUGCCAUUGAUCCAGACAAGUUAUGA